AUGGACGAGUUGAUGACAGACAGGCUGUCAAACAAGGUCAACGCCGUUCACGAUCAAAUCUGCUGGAAACCAGCAUUCAAGUUCAAAUUGAGGGAAUAUGAAAACGUUUAUUUUGACCAUGGCAGCAGCAUAUUUAGGAUUUCAUCAACGAAUUUUUAUCAUUGUGUGAAAUCCGUAACGACACGGUUUGCAUAUUCAAAAAUCGUUAAUCAAGUUUUGAAACAACUGAAUUUUGCUAAAGAAUUUGUAGCCUUUAUAUCAACAGGAAGUUUCUCCCAGAUUCCGGGACCGGUAUGUUUUAAACUUCCACCAAGCAGUGUUAUUCUUGCAGGUGGUGUAUCGAGCAGAGGAGAAUGUCGAGUGAACUUUGACUGCACAGCAUUUCCGAAUUCGAAGAAGUCAUUAAAAGAUUUCAGAAUAAUAACAGCUGACAUGACUAUAUGGAUGACUAUAUGGGUCGUUUUUAACUAA